CUCAACACCUUCAAUUCUGUCUGCAUGAGUGGUUCUUUAGAUCACAGAGAGCUAGGGUUUCACUUGAGGCCCUGCUUCUUCUGUUUUUCCCAUAGAGAGAGAGAGAGAGAGGGAGAGCACAGAUCAAGUUUUGUGGUUAAUAUUUUACUGAGAAGAUGGCAGUGAUGAGCACUCACCAUCCUUUGGCAUUUGCAUUUGGUAUCUUAGGUAACAUUAUCUCAAUCAUGGUGUUCCUCGCUCCAGUGCCAACAUUUUUCAGAAUUUACAGGAAAAAAUCCACUGAAGGAUUCCAAUCUCUGCCUUACCUUGUGGCAUUAUUCGGUUCCAUGCUUUGGCUCCACUAUGCAAUGCUCAAGAAAGAUGCUUUCCUUCUUAUCACCAUCAACGGAUUUGGAUGUGUCAUAGAGACUUUAUACAUUAUCUUGUAUAUCGUUUAUGCUACAAAAGAGAACAGGAUCUCAACUUUCAGACUUCUUCUUUCCAUGAACAUGGGUUUGUUCUCUUUUAUCAUCAUCCUCACACAUUGUGCAGUGAAGGAUUCAGUUCGUGUCCAAGUUCUUGGUUGGAUUUGUGUUGCUGUUUCUGUCAGUGUUUUUGCAGCACCCUUAAGCAUCGUGGCACUAGUUAUUCGAACAAGAAGUGUUGAGUUCAUGCCAUUCAAUUUGUCAUUUUUCCUUACAAUAAGUGCAAUUGUGUGGUUUGUCUAUGGCCUUGCCACCAAGGACAUGUGUGUUGCUCUCCCAAAUGUCUUGGGGUUCAUCUUGGGGCUACUUCAGAUGCUAUUGUACGCAGUCUACAGGAAAGCAAAGAAGGUGAUUAUGGAGGAAAAGUUAGCAGAAAAUUUGAAGACUAUUGUGAACAUAAGCACAUUAGGGAAUUCUGAAGUUCAUCCAAUGGAUGUUCAACCUGAAUCCAAUGAAGCUGCAAAAGAACAUGAACAAAAGGAAGACAACAAGGAUAAUAAUGAGAAAAGUUUGGGAACUUCAAAAGAAGAUCCCCACCCAAAUGAAAAUGCAGUUUGAUUCUCAUGGAUAUACAUGCGUUUAUAUGAGCGGCUUUUGCCAAGAGAGUCCUCAGGCCAAAAUGUUUUAUCUACAUUUCCUUCAAUGUUUUUGUAUACUCUUUAAUUACAUGAAUGUGUAAGAAUAAAAUUUAGAGAAAAAAAAAGUUGAUUUCUUUAUAUA